AUGGAGGAUCAUGCAGUACAAUUGGAAAGGGAUUUAAUUAUGAAAGAGCAGGAAACACUUGGCGUUUUAAAGGAACUGGAAGCAGCUAAAAGAUAUGUUGAAUACUUAAAAGUGAAUCUGAUGCAAGAAGUGCCUUCAUUCUGCUCAACUCCUGACAUAAAUUUGGAAAGGGAAAUCACUGUUCCAAAUGAGGAAUCAGCUGAAACGUUGAGCUUGUGCCCAGUUCCAUCCCCUGGUUUGAUUUUCACUGAGUUGAAUCAAGCUAAAUCAAGCCUUAGUAAGACUUCAGUAGAUCUUAACGUAAUUCGAGCCUCCGUUGAGUCUCUGAACAGAAAAUUGAGAAAAGAAGGAAUUUUGCUUGAAAUGAGAACGAAGCCACAAGUACCAAAUUCCGAAGGAGUCUUGUCUGAUCUAGUCAAGAAGGCAGAAACUAAAGGUGACUUGCAGGGUUCUACGAAUAUCUCCAAGGAACUAAAUUUAUUUAAUUUUGAGGAUGAGCAGUUUAAGAAGAUGACAGAAGCUUCAAGAUACGAGGUCAUGAAGGCAAUGACGGAGAUUGAGCGAACAAAGAACAGUAUUAAAAUGGCUGAAAUGAGGUUGAAUGCAGCGAAAAAGAUGGAAGAAGCGGCUAAAGCAGUGGAAGCUAUUUCUCUUGCUGAAAAAACGGCUCUAUUGAAUGGUGAGAAUUCAUCAGAUGUUUUACUGCACAAGCCUAAUGGAAUAACUCUAUCGUUUGAAGAGUACCAAUCUCUUACUCGAAAAGCCCAACAAGGUGACGAGCUGUGGAAAACAAAAUUUAUAGAUACCAAUGCCAUGCGUCAAACCAAUGAAGCACGACAUGCCGAAGCAGUUAUUCUGGAGAACUUUGAGGAAUUUACCAAAGAAAACAAAAAAACCGAAGAUGAUUUUUGCAGCAAAGAAGAAACUCGUAGAAUAGAAGUCCAUGGGGAUAGGUUUUCUCAAACGCGAUUGGAGCAUGGUGGAGAGCAGAAUCCCUCGGCUAAGUUCAAAUUUAGAAAUUCUCGCUCCUCUCUUGGCCGUCGUAAUCCACCAGAUCUCAAUGCAAAUGAGUCGGUUCCUGGUUUUAGAUCUACAACUUCAAUAGGAGACAUAAUGAAUAGGAGAUUGAUUCUACAAGAUGAUUUCAUGGUGGGAAAUCAUGUGGAAAACCAAACUGAAAGGCAACAUAUUUCUUUGAGCCAAAUGCUGCGCAAACAGAGUCGACUUAUUUUGCAUCCUACAAAACCAGCAGCAGAUGGGGGUAAUGUUGAGAAGCAAUUCUUUAUGCAGAAGAAGAAAUUUGGAUUCAUCCAAGUACCACUGCCAAAACAUGGCAAGAAGAAACCACAGCCUAUGAAUAUGAGAUGA